CAAUUUCGACUACGUAGAAUGUUCGCUGCGCAUUGCUAAUUUCUGCAUUUUCCACUAAGUGUGGUCCGCAAUCUCAAGGAUCCGUACUGUCUUAUGCGUUUAGUCUCUUUCUACGAUCUCUAUCUCCGUUUAUUGUUGCUUGUUUUAUGUAGAUGCUAAAGGUACGGUUCCUUCAGAGGAAGAGACGAAAGCAUGAUUGAGUGAUCUAAGAAACAUGCCAAGCGAGCUAUGGUUUGCACUGUCGAUGAUUUACAAGAAUGGAAAGACUUUCCCAAGGGUCUUAGGGUUCUUCUCCUUGACCGCGACAGUAGCUCCGCUUCCGAGAUAAGAUCAAAACUUGAGGAAAUGGAGUAUGUUGUUUAUUCCUGCACUGAUGAGAAGGCAGCUUUGUCAGCAAUUUUGAACACACCGGGAAACUUCCAUGUUGCAAUUCUGGAGGUGUGUGCAAGAAAUUAUGAUGAGAGUUUUAAGUUGCUUGGAACUUCCAGGGACUUGCCAAUCAUAAUGACUUCGGAUGUUCAUUGCCUAAGUACCAUGAUGAAGUGCAUUGCACUUGGUGCAGUUGAGUUCCUAUUGAAACCACUCUCGGAGGACAAACUCAGGAAUAUCUGGCAGCAUGUCAUUCACAAGGCAUUUUCCAAUACUCCAAAGCCUGAUGAACACUCCGUAGCAUCCUUGAUGCGACUCCAAUUAGAGAAUAAAGACAAGAAUGAAGCUCAGGGAGAUAUGGAAAUGCUUUCUUGGAUUCAGGAUAUUGUAUGGGAACCACCAGAAGGAAGUGAGGAGUCUCAACUGAACCUGGGAGCAUCUUUGCAAUGUAGCUGGGAAAGCGGACAUCAAAUGAACUGUUCAAUGGAAACAGAUUGCAGGGAAAAAGAUGGGCACUCUAAAUUCGUCGAAACUACUACACAUGAUUUGGUUUGUGAAGGUCCAUUUCAGGAGGGCCAACCUCGAUUAUCUGGCAAGAAUAAAUCUAAUGUCAAAAGUAGGUCUUCAGCUUCUGAGCAUUCAAUCCAAGGCUCUGAUGUGAACCAUUCUGCUGGAUCCAAAGCGAAAAAAUCAAAGGUGGACUGGAGCCCAGAGCUACAUAAAAAAUUCGUUCAGGCAGUGGAACAGUUAGGCAUAGAUCAUGCAAUUCCUUCCAAAAUACUUGAGCUCAUGCAAGUUGAAGGUUUAACAAGGCACAAUGUUGCAAGUCAUCUCCAGAAGUACAGGAUGCAAAAGAAACAUAUAAUGCACAGAGAAGAAAAUCCAUGGUGGUCACAUCCAAGAUGUACAAUACAAACCAAUCACUUGAAACCUAUCAUGGCUUACCCUUCUUAUCAUCCUAACUGUGGAAUAUCACCAUCUGCUGCUUUUCCAACAUGGAGACAGACCAAUGCCCUCGUUUGGGGUCCGCCCGGGUUUUGCCAUUGGCCACGACCAGGAAUUCAGCCCUGGAAUUCCUAUGCAGCAGGGGUAGAAGCUGAUGCAUGGGGUUGCCCUGUGACGCUGCCUUCUCAUGCUCCAUAUUUUGCACGUCCUCAGCAUGUAUUAUCAGCUUCACACAAUAUGCAUGCGGUAAAUAAGAGCUACGGCAUGCCUCAGAGUUCAUUUGAUCUUCAACCGGAUGAGGAGGUGGUUGACAAGGUUGUAAAUGAGGCAAUGAGGAAGCCAUUCUCACCGCUUCCAUUGGGGCUUAAACCUGCCACAGAAAGAGUUCUCACAGAGCUUUCUAUGCAAGGGAUCUCCAUCGUCCCUCCUCAAAUCAACGGCUCCAGACCUCCCUGAUCCCAUUUCUAUAUAAUAUCUGUGUCGUAAUUGAUUUUAGCCAAGUUUGUUAAAU